AAUAGGUAUGUCAUGUAGUGUCGGUUUCCUGUAAAAAAUUGCAAUAGUGUAUUAGUUUGAAUAACGCCGGUAUUGUUAUCUUGCGGCAAGGAUCAGCUGUUGUCGGCGCAUGUGCAGCUGCGAGGGGAGCUCCGGCCCCGGCUCGCCAUUGACGCGCGGCCGCCCGAGGCGCUCACACGGUGGUGUCGGCGCGCAUUAUAACGGCGAAAUUUGUGUCGAUGGACGCGCAUCAAACGGUGUGAUCGGUCGCUCCGGCAGUGCGUUACUAGUGUAUAAUAGUCGCGUGGCCUAUUGGGAUCGUCGCCAGCAUGGACGCGGUGCUGGCAGCGCUUGUAGCGCUCAUGGCACUGGCCGCCGCGAUGGCCGCCGUGCUGAGCACGCUCUCCAAAGCCGCGAUUUUCGCUCUCCUGGCGAUCGCGCCCUGUGUAUACCGGUACAGGAAACGCAUUUACGUAAUCGUCAAGACUCUACCCCGGGAUCUCAAAUUCUUGUGCCGCUAUGUGAAAGGCAUCGUCCGACAGAAGAUAUGGGGGCUACAGGAUGCCACGGUCGCGGGGCUGUUUACAAAACGCGCGGCGCUCAUGCCCGACGCGCCCUGCUUCAUUGUCGUCGGAGACCGCACCUGGACCUACAAAGAGAUGGCUGCCAAAUCUAACCAAGUGUCACGCGUGAUGCAAGAGCACGUCGGUCUGAAGCGCGGCGACGUGGUGUGCGUGUUCAUGCCCAACUGCGGCGAGUACGUGUGGACGUGGCUCGGCAUGGCCAAGCUCGGCGCCGUGUCCGCGCUCAUCAACAGCAACCUGCGCCACAAGCCGCUGCUGCACUGCAUCCAGGUCGCCAAGGCCAAGGCCAUCGUGUUCUCCGACCAGAUGGCGGACGCCGUGGCCGAGGUCCGCAGCCAGCUGCCGGUCGACAUGAAGCUGUUCCAGUUGUACGGCACGCCAGCGCCCGGCGUGCUGGACUUCGGCGCGGAGAUGGAGCGCCAGCCGCCCGACUACCCGCUGGUCACUGACCCGCCGCACUACAAGGACACGCUGCUCUACAUCUACACUUCGGGCACGACUGGCAUGCCGAAGGCUGCCGUGCUGCCUAAUUCCAAAUACCUUCUAAUCGUGCUGGCAACAGUGCACAUGCUGGGUCUGAAGUGGUGGGACCGCAUGUACAACCCGCUGCCGAUGUACCACACGGCGGGCGGCGUGGUGGGCACGGGCGCGGCGCUGGUCGAGGGCAUCCCGUCCGUCAUCCGGCCCCGGUUCUCCGCGUCCAACUACUGGACUGACUGUAUCAACUAUCAGUGCACGGUGGCGCAGUACAUCGGCGAGAUGUGCCGCUACCUGCUGGCGCAGCCGCCGCGGCCGACCGACGCGCAGCACCGCGUGCGCAUCAUGGUGGGCAACGGCAUGCGCCCGGCCAUCUGGCAGAACAUCGUUGACAGGUUCAAAGUGCCCCAGAUAAACGAAAUUUACGGCGCGACGGAGGGCAACGCCAACAUAAUAAACGUGGACAACACAGUGGGCGCGGUGGGGUUCCUGCCGAAGCUGCUGCCGGCGAGCGCGCUGCCCAUCGCCGUGGUGCGCGUCGACGAGCAGGGCGCGCUGGUGCGCGGCCCCGACGGCUUCUGCAUCCGCUGCGACCCGGGCGAAACGGGCAUGUUCAUCGGUCUCAUUGCUCAGGGGAACGCUUCGAGGGAAUAUUACGGUUACGUCGACAAGACCGACAGCAACAAGAAGCUGGAACGCGACGUGUUCCGAAAGGGCGACGCGGCGUUCGUGAGCGGCGACCUCCUGGUGGGCGACGAGCUGGGCUACCUGUACUUCCGCGACCGCACCGGCGACACCUACCGCUGGAAGGGCGAGAACGUGUCCACGGGCGAGGUGGAGAACGCGCUUAGCGCCAGCCCCGCGCUCGGCAACAGGGAGGUCGUGGUGUACGGCGUGUCGAUUCCCGCGAACGAGGGUCGGGCGGGCAUGGCGGCGGUGGCGGACCCGGCGCGCGCGGUGGCGCUGGCGCGGCUGGCGCGCGACGUGGACGACGCGCUGCCCUCCUACGCGCGCCCGCUCUUCCUGCGCCUCGUCGACGACAUCGACGUCACCAGCACAUUCAAACUAAAGAAGCUGCAGUACCAGAAGGAGGGCUUCGACCCGGACGUGAUCCGGGAGCCGCUGUACUUCCGCGCCGGCGCCGAGUUCGUGCCCAUCACCUCCGAGCUCUUCAAGGACAUCUGCAGCGGCCGCGUCAAGCUCUAGACGGCCGCCCCACAACCCACGCGAGGGAAACGUGCGUUUACAGCACGCGUGAGAUUGACGCACACAACAUUGGGCUAUGAGCGCGCGUAUGAAAGCGAUAAAUGUUAUACUUAGUUUGUUAGUGUGGAUAUGUACGGGGUAUUGGUUGCAUUUUUAUCAGUUAAUGGUGUUAUAUAUUUGCCACUAGAGCAGCGGUCGGCAACCAGCGGCCCGCGGGGGCCGCAUGCGGCUUGCAAACUUCUCACUUGCGUCUCGCGAGCCUCCCUGGCUAUUUCGUAUGUAAUAUUGAUAAACGGCAAUGUCCGAUAAAAUUAUAAACAUUAACAAAGUGCGGCCCGCGUCAACUUCGUUAACUACUAUGUGGCCCUUGGCUGCUAAAUGGUUGCCGACCGCUGCACUAGAGUGUCGAGACGAUAUAAGUGGCACUUAGGCACGCUGGCUCAUAUUAUUCCUAAUAUCAACCUGGCAAUUUGCCGUACAUUUCUGAUUCGACAAUUAUAUUUACAUAUAGACCCAGAAAUCUACCUAUAGGUACGGCAAUUAUUCGUAACAUACGAUUAAAGAACUAAGUGUACCUAACGUUGUUAUUUUAUAACUGCGCUUAAAACCCAAUGUUAAGAGGCAAGACGCAUGAGCUGCAAGAUAAAAAAAGAUAAAAAAUAGUUUAUUCAAGUAGGCAUAUUACAAUGCGCUUAUGAACGUCAAAUAAACCUUUACCGGCUCCAACCGUACACCUCUGCCCCGAGAAGAUUUAAAUCCCCCCUCAAUUGGAGGAGGGUAUCCCAAUAUGGGACCGGCAACAAACUCGGCGGGACACAUCUUUUCAAAACAUUAUUACAUCUUAUAAUUAACAUGCAUUACGAGUAAUUAAUACAAUUUAAAUUACUAUAGAAUUCAUGCAAUUAUACUCAGUGAGUACAUAACUUUAUAGAAUUUGAUAUAAAAAAUAAACAUAUAUGCACAUGAAAUCACAAAUACGUAGCUCUUUCAGAAAACAAAUCAAAUCUUACAAAAGGAAAAGAAAAUAAAAUCAAUAAAAGAAAUGAGAAUACAUAUUAUAUGAAUCUAACUGAUUGUUAUGAGAUGCUUUCAUACAAUUUGAUGUGCUUUCUUACCUGAGCUGAGUCACCUUUAACUCUACACAUAAUACAAUGUUUUUAAUUGCUACUUGUCGUUAUUACAGUUUCUGGUUUGGACCAUGCAUGUUUGUCUGUCAAGUAGUCCUCGACUCUGUAAUAAGCCUUCAACAUCAAUGACUUUUUUAAGUAAUUCUUAAGAGCUGGAAAGGGUAAUCUUAAAGCAUCCUCAGGUAACUUGUUAUAAAAAUGAAUGCAUUGCCCAACGAAUGACUUCUGUACUUUACGAACACGAAACUUUCUGAUAGCAAGCUUAAAAUAUCUUUUUUGUUAUAAAUAAUAUUUUCGUGUUGUUUUCUGUAUGUUUACAAACUCAUGCGCCUCUGGGCCUCGGUCGAUGCGUUAGUACUAUUACACCGUACUCCCCGAUCAAUGGAAAAGGUGUCGAGGUCUGCCUAUAAAAGUCAAAGAUUUUGCUCCAUUAAUGAACAUAUAGUGAUUACCUAUUGUUAUAAGCCGGUACUUAGCUAUCUUGAGCACGUUUUUUUUGUGAUUUGGUACAGGGUCGGAGCUUGUAGCGAAAUUGUGGUUUACUUUUAGACCGUGUUGAAAACGCUGGUCCGAGACCAAAGUGAAGGCGGAUAAUUGAUUUAUACGAUUAAUUGAUGCUGUACUAUAAUUAGAUUACCCUACAUAUAUUAUGCUGAUUAUAAUAUUUAGGUGAUAUUUUUACGUUGUUAACUUAUUUAGGCCCACUUGCACCAUUCCACUAACCCGGGAUUAAGCGGUUAAACCGAUAACAUAGUAUCUAAUUGUACUGGUAACCAUGGGAACGCCAGGUUUAUCAAGUUAACCCCGGGUUAGUGGAAUGGUGCAAGUGGGCCUUAGUGGAAUUGUUUUCUCGGCACUUAUUUGUGAAAUUGACUAUAAUAUUCUGAUGCGGUUAUUGGUAUUUUACGUGCUAGUAAAAUGGUGGUAGAACUAUUUCCGUGCUUAGUAUGUUACUGUUGGUUUGUGAAUGUUACAAAUCGCAGAGUGUUGUGGUGGUGCAGGCGAGCAGUCAAUUAGAUGCGUAGGGCAUGUUCAAUAAACACCCGUUUAUCUCUAUUUGCGUAAUUAAUAUUUCCUGAAAUAUAUAGUAGGUACCUAACAAGUACUUGGGUACGACGCAUUUUUUGUGUAUAAAAUAUUCUUUAAAAAAAAACAUGGCAAUUGGUAGUAUUUUGGUAACCAGAUUUUUUAUGUAGGUAUAUUUAUUUAAAUUCAUUACUUCUAUGUAACAGACUACACUGCUAAAAAUGCCACACACCCUUAUAAUGAAUGAAAGUCAUCCGUAAGCGGAAUUCAAGAUAUUUUUAAAUAUUCCAAUUUUUCAAUAAUUUUACAGCCUUCCUGAUGUUAAAUCCUAAUCAAUUUGAAGCAAUAAAUAUUAUCUAAACAUUUACCCACAUUAUUAUUGACACUAAGAAUGUGAGAACAAAUAUUUAGUCUAAUACAAAUAUAUAUGUAGAUAAAUUAUAUUGUAGAUAACAUUCCACCAUCUAGUCUCGUAAGCAGUUUUAUUUGGUGAACAGUGCACCCAGCAUUCUUUAUGAUAUAUCUUUAAGUUCCUGUUUGAAUUAUAAGGAUGUUUUUUUUUAAGACAGUUAUUUCAAUGGAACGUCUAUUAUGUUUGAAAAAUAUUUCAAAUAUGUGUUGCGUGCAGCUGAAAAAAUGAAAGUUUGAAAAACAAAGCGCAACAAUACAAACUUUGUAUGGACAUUCCAUUUAGAUAUCUGUGCCUUGCAACAAAUUGCACUUAGAACACGUACCUAGUGCGCCGUCGAACUACGCUCCGAAUUUGUUAAAUAUAUAAGUUGUAAAUAAAUACCUAAAUUAUA